AGCCUUCGCCUCAGUUGUGAGGAACGCGCGCUCGCCCGCGCCUGUGCUUUGUGGUUCAACUUUUUUUUAUUCACAUCCUGUGCAGUGUUCGGAUACAAUGAGGCUAAUCUUUUGGGUUACAGCCUUGGCUGUGCUCAGCGUGACUUGUGCCAAAAACUCGACAGCGAAAACAAAACCGAAACGACAACUCGAAAAUAUACGAACUCCGCAAAAUCUACAGUACUCUUUAGUGCUCCCGCACUCUAGAGUACAACAUUUCCGCUCUACGUCAAGCAACAGAAGAAUUUCAAAUGUACCCAGAGGGAAACUGCCGCCAUACGCGGUACAAAUGGAACCCGUUGUUCAAUAUUCACAAAAAGAUCCUCUGUACGACCCGAAUCUUAGUAACCUAGAUGAGGUCGUUGGUAACAAGAACGAAAUACACGCACAACCUAAAAUUCUCAAUAUUCACGAUCAAUCUCCCGAAGGUUCAUUUGGUCCACCUUAUGGUGCGCUACCGACCGCCCCGCUCUACAGCUACGAGCCCCAGCCUCAUUACAUUGAAGCACCUGAACCUAUCAUCGAAAUCAUCAUUAAGGAAUCCAAUGAAUCUUUGCCAGCGCCGCCACCACAACCCAUACUAAAGAAAAAGAAAGAACCAGUUCAAGUGUUUUAUGUAAAAUAUAGCAAGGACCCGCACUCCGAAGAUAAAGUAGUUUAUGAAAAACCUAUUCCAGCCAUCACCCCACCUUCGAACCAUGAAGAUGAUAGUCACGAUGAUUACAUUACUGUGACCCCUGAACCUCUGUAUUUACCAACUCAAACAACGACUUUGAGAGCGAUAAUAAAACCAGAAUCCGAAGUUUAUCAUAGCGACAGCAGUGUUAAAGUAACGUUUGGUAAUGAGAACCAUCAUCAUUACAGCAGCCGCGAAGACAAUGGACCUCACGAACAUCACGAGGAAACUGCUCCGAGGCCAGCAAUCGCUUUACCUAAUGCCCAUCCGAGUGCACAAACCUACGAACAUUCCGCGUCUCCGCAACCACAGUACCACGACUCCAGUAGUCGCUCUAUCUCGCAUUCCAGUCCAUUAGCAGAUCAUUCAUCACAAACGUACAGGUCUGCUUCUCAACAUGCCCAAAGUCGGAUUCAAUUCCAGCAAAGUUUCUUAUCUAAUGACUAUCAAUUGCCAAGACAGGGGCCAUCGGUUGCGCCAUUUAGGUCACAGCCUCAAUCAACCAGGCAGAGUCCAUUUCCUCCAUCACCUUCAGUAAGCUCAUAUUCAGGUUUUCCUAGUGCUUCUCCAAGUUCUCACUUUGCCAAUGUUGCUCCAACUGUUCCCGGUCCAAUCAGUCCCGCCUUCCCAACGACAUUUUCAAGACCAAGCAAUCUACCUUCUUUCCACGCUCGUCCAAGCAGCCCACCCGCGUUCGCUUCGAGACCACAUUUCAGUGGUCCACCGAGAACAAGUUUUCAUUCUGGUCCACAAAGACCAUUCCAUCAACAGCAACCACAACCCCAAACAUAUUUCGAUGAACCUAAAUAUUUACAAGAAAAUUAUCACACCAUUACAACAGAACAAGUGGAACCACCUAAAGUUCAGUUGUUGCCGACUAGGCAAGCACAAACCUUUAAUCCGAAGCCAAGUCCUAGUACCUCUUCCGCGCACUUCUCAGAAAGUAGACCACAAUUGAUUCCUUACAAUCAACAACUACCCACGCAGCAGAGACCGUCUCAACAUUUUGACUCUGGCUUAAAUAGUCCUUCAUUUUCUGUUUCCCCUAGUAGACCACCUUUCUAUAACUUAAAACCUUCUCCUCCUCAUAUUGAAAAUAACCGAGUUCCUUUCCAGUCUUCCCAGCAACAAACUCAACAAUUUAGUUUUCAUCAAGGAGCUCAACCAGUUGUUAGACCAACUCUUCAAUCUCCAACACAGCAUAGUUCAUUUUCGAGUCAUAUUUCUCCUUCGCCAUCUCCUAUUCCCCACAAUCAAUUCCUUCCACAACCGUCGUCACCACCACUAUUCAGUUUCCACCCCCAACCAUCACCAACACCCAGUCAACAGCAUAGUUUUCAUCAGCAACCUCUAAAUCACUACCAGCAUUCGCAAACUCAAACAGAGAGACCUCCUUCGGGACAUCAAACUAUUUUCCAAAGUCAAACAAGUCUUGAUCACCAACAAAACAUUGGCCAGUUUGUUCCAAAAGACGGUGAGCUUGUGCCUUCCAUAUCUAAGUAUGAACAGCACAUAACAGUCGAUGGCCGCGAUUCGCGGAAUAACUUUGAAGGUUUGAAUGACAACAAACAACCAGCACCGACAUCCAUAACUCCACAGCAGCAAUUUUAUCAACAACAACAGCAACAACAUCGGCAUCAACAACAACAAGAACAAAAACAAAAAGAAGAGCAAGAAAAACAACAGCAACAACAAGCUUUUGAUGCUGAACAAGAACAAGUAAGACAACAAUUAGCACAAAAUGUUAGAAAACAACAGGAAGAAAUACAGCGACUACAGGGACAACUGCUGUAUAAUCAACAAUUACACCACCAACAACAACAGCAGCAACAAACUAAACAAUUUGAACAGAAUCAAUAUAAUCAGUACAACAAUUAUGAUCAACAAGAAAGAUCCAGAGCUCAACCAUCAUUUGUAUCUAGUACUCAAGCUCCUUUCUACCAGUCAACUUCUAGAACUGUUGAAAUUAAGCCAACGACUCCAAAGUAUGUUUCUUCAACUUCAAAUUCCUUACCAUCAACUCCAGAACCGAAAAAAGAGGAGAAGAAGAAGAAGCCAACGAUAGAACUUCCUGAUGAAGUGCCAGAUGAUCUUCGUCAACAAUUGCUUUCUUCUGGAAUUCUAGACAAUGCUGAUAUAAGCGUAUUAGAUUACGACAAAGUGGGAGAAACGCCAUUAGAAUCUCUUCCUCCAGAUCAAUUAGCAAAUUUCUUCAGCGCCGGAGGUGGUCAGCAAAUUGCGGCGAGCGAUCACAAUCCAGUCAUAGUUAAACCCAACGGUGAUCAGAUUGAAUCAAGAAUUGAUGAAAACUUCGAUGAAGAUGAUCAGGAUAUUGCCGCAUCAGAAAACAUGGCGACAUACGUAUCCCCACCAUCAGCUUCACCUCAAGCAGUUGAUAUGAAAGUUGUACAGUUCGAUCCUAACACACCAGAAGGUAAAAAUAUAGCAAAAGAUUAUGUGAAAGAGGAUGCGACUCAGGUAGAUCCAGUGGCGCUUAACGAUAAAAAAUAUAACAGAUAUUUGCCUUUGAAAGUUAAGGGAAAUCAAUUUCCUCUGCCUGAUAUUCUAAAAGGUAGAAAGAUAACGUCGGUUGUUGUAUUAGCGCCAGUACAAACAGAGGAAUUAAGUACCGAACACAGUAGAGCUGAACGAGCAACAACUAACAGCUUGAAAGGCAUCAAAUUCGUUGCCGGUGAUAGUUUGCAAGAUUUGCUAAAGAAACCAACAACAGAUAAUUUCAAUAAAUGGCUCGAUAUUGAAAAGAAAACAGCAACAGAUCAACAAUCCGUUAUUCUUCUAGUUACAGAAAACGACGAACCAGCUGAAGACAAAGAAAUAUUCAUGUACGAUAUUUCAUCAGGCAACGUUAGCAAACUUAGCGGGGAACUGUCAAAUGCUUUCGUCGAAGCAGCAGAGAAUAAUUCAUUAAGUAAAGACAUCGAAAAACUGGCCAUCGAAGGUGAUGGGACGCCAGAAAACUUCGACAAAGAAAAAGAUCCUGAAGCUGAAGGUUCAGAGAACGUGCCAUUAUUUGUAGAUUUAUCAGGUAUUAGUUUAGAUCAGGAAGACAGUAAAGUAUCAAUUACUUCAGGUUAUAGUAAAACAAAGCUCGGCAGAUCACUGAGAAGACAAUGAAACAGUUAAUCGAUUGACGUUUGUAAAUAGUAUAGUGUUAGUGUUACUAAAUUAAAACGACGUGAUGUUAGUCGUUACGAUUUGUAUGAAAGUGAUAAUCGGGUUGUAUAAUAUAAAAUAUUUUUUUUUA